UGCUUCUCUAUUUCAGGACCUGUAACUAAGCGGACGCUACUGACCUCUGAACCACAAAGGAUAAGAGGGAAAAGAAGCGGGAGAAGCUCACAAAGAAAGAGGAAGUGGCUGCACUUUCAUCUGGACUUCUUUCCUGCCCUUUAUUACUAAAGCUGAAUGGCAAAGAGAGAGCUCCGUGCCUUUCCUCCCCCAGCCUCGGGGAUGGGUGGAUUGUAGAUACAGCGUGUGCGGUGGGGAGAACAGACUGAACCAUGAAUCUUCAGGCUCAGCAAAAGUCUUCAAGCAAGAGGACUGGGAAACGAAUUCCCUAUUUUAACGAGCAGGAAAUAGCUGUGUCAUCAAAAGAACCGCAGCCGCAGCUGAAGGAAGGACAGUACUAUGGUCACGGAGGGAAUAUACCUGUCUCCCAAACUGUGGAGAUUUCUCACGCAGGAGGAUUAACAAGCGCCCCCAACAACGUUGCUUUGAUGAAUUCUGUUUACAGUCAGGAUAGGGGAGAAUCAAUGAUGAUGUCCCAGACGGUAACAGCUGUCAAGUGGCAGAAUUCUCUAAUGGGAAACCGGUUGCCAGAGAGGGGUGACAGCCACUGGCAGACUCCACCUUCCAUGUGGAACCACAGUAUGGUUUUUGGGGGCAACCCAAAAGGACCCCAUUCCAAUGCUGGUGCCCCGGGCUUCUAUGGCCACCCAGAAGCCCUUAAAAGAAAUCAAGAGAAAGGAGUGUUUGUGUCACAGCUGGACUUGUAUGGAGAUGCUGUCCAGCAGAUGAUGUCCCAGAAGGCUCAGCUGGAACAGCAAGCCCUUGUUAGACAGCAAGCUCAAAUUAAUUCUUUUCAUCAGAUGCAGAAACAACAGCAGCAGAAUCAAAGUCUGCCAUUGCAGCCUUUCCAACUCGCAUUUGGUCACCAAGGCCAAAAGCAGGGUCUUCCUGAAUUGUUACAUGUCUUUCAAGAAGCCCCGGCUUCUUCCAGUCCGGCAUUUACAGCUCAACAAAAACAGCAAGCUCUUCCCCAGCUACAGCUGUUUGAGAAUUUCUAUCCUCAGCAGCAGCAGCAGCAACAGGCUGCCACGCAAGCCUUCAGCCUGCAGCAAGCUACUUCCAUCGCACAGCCUCACGUGGCAGCUGCAGCCCCGCAGCAUCACAUGAUGGCACACCAGUUUCAGCAGACCGAGAGGAACCAGGAACUGUUCAAGGCUCUGACAGAGCAGAACCAGCAGACGGUGCUACCUCAGACCCAGAUUCCCUUUCCGAGAAGGUCACGGAGACUCUCCAAAGAAGGUGUCCUGCUGACAUCUGCAGGAGAAGUGUUGGCUUCCAAGCAGGCAGAAGAACAACCUAGCAAUUUAUUUCUGCAUCACUGGCAAACUCAUCAGCAAGAGGCCCCAUUGCAGCAGCUGCCUGAAUCACUGGCCCACAACAAAGGUGGCUAUUUGCAGCCCAAGAGACUGGAUCUGGGGCAGAAGGAUGUCCAGGUCAACAGUGAGCUGUGCCAGAUGGAAACAGAGAGGCAAGCUGCGGCCCAGAAUGGUAGAGAAGGGGAGAAACAGGCAGCAGAAGCUGAAGAAAACACUCAGAGAACUAAUGAUUUUCAGGGUGUCAGAGGUGGUGUAAUCCAGAGUACGCGACGGAGACGGCGUGUUUCUCAAGAAGCCAAUUUGCUGACUUUGGCCCAAAAAGCUGUUGAGCUGGCUUCUCUUCAGAAUGUAAAGGAGCUGGAUGCUUCAGAAGAGAAGAAGAGUGUGCUGGUAGCAGCCGCAGAACCUCCAGCUGCAAAAAGCGUUGUGGAAUUCGCCGGUUCUUCACCAGCUCCGAAAAGAGCCCGGGAGGAUAACAGCCUCGUGCCUCUUAUCAUUCCUGUGUCUGUGCCAGUGAGAAAAAUUGACCUGCAGAGCCUUGGAAAGGAAAAGUCUGAGGAUGGAAAGCUUCAGAGAGGCCAAACAAAUGAUCGAACUCCUUGUGAACGCAAGCCUUCUGUGAUAGUCACUCGGAGGCGGUCCAAUCGUAAUACUAACAUGGAAACCUCAAAUCAGCACGAAGAUGCUGUUCCAAAGGAUGAAGCUGAGGGCUUUGCCCGGAAACCAAAGCAGCGGCCAAGACCCGAGCCACUCUUCAUACCACCAAAAGCUGGCACUUUUAUUGCACCACCUGUUUACUCUAACAUUACUCCAUAUCAGAGCCACUUGCGGUCGCCCGUCCGUCUGGCAGAUCAUCCUUCAGAUAGGAACUUUGAGCUACCUCCUUACACUCCUCCACCAAUUCUUAGUCCGGUGAGAGAAGGAUCUGGGCUGUAUUUUAAUGCUAUCCUCUCUUCGAGUGGUCAUUCGGUUCCACCUCCAAUGACUCCUAAAAGCGCUCACAGAACUCUGCUUAGAUCAAAUAGUUCAGAAGUUACCCCUCCUGUUCUUACAGUAGUGGGGGAAGCCACUCCGGUCAGCAUUGAACCGCGAAUAAACGUAGGAACUCGUUUUCAGGCAGAAAUCCCAUCACUCCAGGACAAAUCUCUGGCAGCAGCUGAUGAACAUAAAGCAGAGCUGGUUUGGCAGCCGUGGGGCGACCUGGAAACCAACAAAGUCACCCAAGAGAACGUGGAAAACCUGCUAGCUGCUGCCUGUUCAAGCAUUUUUCCUGGAGGUGGAACCAACCAGGAGCUGGCGUUGCAUUUCUUGCACGAAGCGAAGGGAAGCGUACUGGAAGCUUUGACCAAGCUGCUACUGAAGAGGCCAGUACGAUCGCCUACCCACCCUUUGGCAGAUUAUCACUACACAGGAUCGGACAAGUGGAAAGUUGCUGAAAAAAAACUUUUCAACAAAGGCAUUGCAAUCUACAAGAAAGACUUCUUCUUGGUCCAAAGGCUUAUAAAAACCAAAACAGUGGCUCAGUGUGUGGAAUUCUACUACACGUACAAGAAACAGGUGAAAAUUGGUCGGAAUGGGACCUUAAUCUUUGGGGACAUUGAUGGUGCUAAUGAGAAGUCUAUGAAAGAUGAAGCUGAAGUUGACAUCAAGAGUUCCCAUAGGUUUGCACGCGUUCUUCCUCCCAGAAGGGACAUUUACAGUGAAGAACAAGGGCAUGAGGAGGAGGAGGAGGAGGAAGAAGAGGAAGAGGAGGAGGCAGAGGAAGGGUUGGAUAACAGAAAGAAGAGCACAGUUACUUUCAAAGAUGAACAGACACUACAAGAUGGUGUGAUAGCCGGUGAUGCCGAAAUGAGUCAAGAGGCAACUGUUGCAGGCAGAAUUGGGAGGAAGCCAAGGGAGACAACGGUGAAGCCUCGGAAGCCCAUUACUGCUCCAGUGCCGAGGAGGAGGAGGAAGCAAAAGAUAAAAUCAGACGCUACCAGUAAAACACAGAACACGGAGAACACGUUUCCAUGUAAAAAAUGUGGCAGGGUGUUCUACAAGGUGAAGAGCCGCAGUGCUCACAUGAAGAGCCACGCGGAGCAGGAAAAGAAGGCGGCUGCACUGAGGCAGCAGGAGAAGGAGGCAGCAGCAGCGGUGGCAGCAGCGGAGGCGGCAGCAGCAGCCCACAGCCAGGCCCGGCAGGAAGAGAGCAGCGAGAGUGGGAGCAGCAGCAGUGGCAGCAGCAGUGCAAGCUCGGAUGAAGAUGCAGAAAUAUAG